AUGGCCUCAAGACUCACACCAGAAGGUCUUCAUCUGCAGCGUAUGGAUAGCAGCAAUUACACAGCUGCUCAUGCUGGGGUUCAGAGUUUGGGGCGUUCUAGAACGUCACAGUUAAGUAAAGAGGUAGCAGAAGCGAAGAUUGUCUCCCAAGUGGGAGAUGCUACAGCACCUGUUGGUGAUAUGGCGGCUUCCGAUGGAGCUUUAGGGACAAGAGAAAAGGUAGACCCGCCUCAGCGAAACUCAGAGCCAACUUUCGAGCCAACACUUGAGCCCACGCUUGAGCCCACGCUUGAGCCCACGCUUGAGCCCACGCUUGAGCCAACACUUGAGCCAACACAUGAGUCAACACAUGAGUCAACACUUGAGCCAACACAUGAAUCAACAUUCAAAAACUUGUCUUUAUCAGAGUCUCCAUCCAAGGCUCUUUCGAAGUCUCAACAAAUAGAUAAGCCCCUCUACAGCUUGAAAUCGGUGGUCCCGACUAUUCAGAACGCCGAAGAUAUGGUGCCCGAUGUGGGGGACCCGUCGAAUGAUCAGAACCCGCUUUAUUCUAACAUUCAUUUUUCACAGUCUUCGUCUCAUGAUAAUAACGUCGAUGUGCAAAGAUUCGAUAUAGCGAGAAAAAUGAAGGCCAAAAAGGAGGCAGAUAGAGCUCUGAGGGAGCCUAAAACGGCCUCUCCACCAGGGCCAGCCAGCAAUAGUGUUCCUGCAAAUAAGAAAGCUUCUCCUCAUAAUUUAGCCAUCCAUGAAGGUGAUUCUUCUCUCCAGUGUGAUCACCCUUUACCUACUAAGAAGAGACUUUCAAAAAUAGAGGCUCCUAAGGUUCGUAGGCAUUCAGAGUUCCCAGUGGUCGGAGGUUCUCCAGUUGUUGGAAUGGCUCCCUCAGCAGCAUUACCUAUACGUCCUGCUACUAUUCUGAAUAAUGCUUCGGCCUCGGUCUCUUAUGGUAUUUCAUCGAGUGUUCCUGUUGCCUCAACGAGAUCCAUAGAAGCUCAUUUGCCUCCACGGAGGCCUGCUUCUCCCUUCAAGGACUCUUCAAAUAUUGACUUGAAGCAGAUCAACGGUCAGAGGAGGCCAAUGUAUACACCUGCGGUACUCAGGUCUACCACCACACUCACAGAUGUUGAUGUUUCGAGCCCUGAUAGUGUUGAAGGAUGUUCGGGUAGGCCUCGGUUGGUUUCAUCAAGUUCCACUUCUUCAAUGGCUUCUACUAAUUCCAUAGCAUCUUAUUGGAGCUAUCUUCGCGGUGGCUUUGAAGGCAAUUCAUCUUCUCUUGGCGUUCAAAGAGAGGAUUGGGGACCUACAAGAGCUCAUUGGAAGCCGGACCCAUCAUAUUUCAGUUGCCAUGGCUGCGGAAAAGUGUUCAACUACAUGACCCCCUCAAGACGAAAACAUCAUUGUCGAUAUUGUGGCGAGUUGUUUUGUGGGGAUUGCCUCAAGAACUACAUAUAUCUUGAUAAGGAUGCCAAAUUUGCUAUCUUCGGCUCACAUACCAGUGAUAAGAAAUAUCUCUGUAAAGUGUGUUUCCCAUGUGCUCAGAAAUAUGAGCAGUUUGUUAAAGAUCAUGCCACUAGAGAUCAUAACUUGGGUUCCAAUACGUCGUCUAAUGACUACGAAAGAAGUAAAAACGUGACCAGUCGCAGGGGAACGAUAACCAGCAAUAAUGCCGGUAGUACCAACGUGAUUCCUCCUGAUUGGGAUUGGAGCUCAUUUUAA